GAGUGCAACUUCCUUCCGCGUGUGGUCACCAUGGUAACAGGCGAGAGUUUGGCCAAAGAGGGUAAAAGAAAAAAAGCAGCAGGUAUGAGCGCAGACGCAACUUUCUCUCGAAACCAGUCCACCACCGUUGACUUCGGCGGACAGGUCCCCGUGGAGCACCUGGACUAUGACUACAUCGAACAAUGCAAAGAUGUGAAAUACCUGGAGAUGAUCUGGAGAGUGCUUAGGUCUGGUGACGAGGGCAUUUAUCCUCAUUUAAUCGAGUUCUGUGAGAGUCACUUGGAGAAACUGGACCCUAGGAGCCGAGCUCUCAGGAAGGAAAACCCCGUGACCACAGCAGCCAGCCUCCCCAAUGAUGAGUGGAACCAAAUUGUUGAUGAGUUGAAGACGUGGCAAGAAGAAACCAAAAAGACUGAGACUUCACUUAAACAGCAGUCAAUGUUUGAUGAUUUAGAGAAUAAAACCAUUCCACCAAUAAGAGGUUUCAAUUGCUCCGUUCCACUUAGUCAGACUUCAGUUCCAAAAGAAAAGAAGAAUUCUUCAAAACGCCCUCUCCCACGAGAUUAUCGAGAAUGGGACAAGUUUGAUGUCGAAAAAGAAUGUGAACGAAUCAGCGGGAAUUUGGCCAAAAAUGAUCCAGCUGUCAUCGUAAACACAGGACACCCCAAAAUCAAGACUAAAGUGGAUGUUACAUUGCUGACAGAACAGGAGAAGUUGCUUCUGGCAAAUCGGGAAAAGGACAAAGGCAAUGAAGCUUUCAGAGCAAACGAUUAUGAGGAGGCAGUUGCAUACUAUUCCAGGAGCCUUUCUAUUAAACCAACUGUGGCUGCGUAUAACAACAGAGCUCAAUCAGAGAUCAAGCUCAAGCACUGGCACAAUGCCAUGAGCGACUGUCUGAGGGUACUCAAGCUGGAACCAGGCAAUAUGAAAGCUCUGCUACGUCGUGCCACUGUUCAUAACCACAUGGGCAACUUCCGAAUGGCUGCUGAGGACCUGAGGGCAGUGCUAAGAGAAGAGCCGCAGAAUGAUGUAGCCACUCAACUUCUGUCUGAAACUGAGAAGAAGAUGAAGGAAUGUCAACCAGAGCAGCAACGCAAAGGCAAAAAGAUCCUCAUCCAAGAAGUAGAAGAGGAUGACGAUGAGACAAAAGCAGAACAGACCGCUCAUCCGGUUGAACCCAGCCAGGCUGUGGGAGGGGAGGAGAGCUCAGCUGCUCCUGGCGAAAGGGGAGACAUGGGUAACGCUCAAAAGAAGCCCCACGGCAGAGGCGACGGGGGUCCUCACAGCGAGUUCAACAGCUCCCACCAUGGACACUGGAGGAGCAAAGGAGCCAGCUCUGACAAGUACAAAGUCUCGCAGGACCCAAAGGAAAAGGUAGCCAAUGGAACGAGCAAGAGGGGCUCGACAGCUUCAGUCCCGGCAGAUCAGAGCAGCGGCGGUAAAGGAACUCCGGUGGGAGGAAAUGCAGGGGAAUCUGUCAACCUUGAUGCCCCGUGCGGAGCCCUGCCCCCACCACUGGCCCGGCUAAAGAAUGAAGGGAACCUGCUAUUUAAAAAUGGACAGUUUGCCGAUGCACUGGAGAAAUACUCACAAGCCAUUCAAGGCUAUACAGAAUCAGGGAUUGACAGUCCAGAGGAUUUAUGUACUCUGUACUCUAACAGAGCAGCUUGCUAUCUUAAAGAUGGCAACAGUCAAGAGUGCAUACAGGACUGCACGAGAGCCCUGGAGCUGCAUCCAUUCUCCCUCAAGCCCCUCCUGCGCCGGGCCAUGGCUUACGAGUCCCUGGAGCGCUACCGGAAGGCCUACGUGGAUUACAAGACCGUUCUGCAGAUAGACAUCGGUGUGAAGGCGGCGCAAGACAGCGUCAACAGGAUCAGCCGGCUGCUGAUUGAGCAGGAUGGCGCAGAGUGGAGGGAGAAACUUCCGGACAUUCCCCUGGUCCCCCUGUCAGCUCAGCAGCACCGCAGAGAGGAGCCGCCAAGCACGGAGGUCCUCCAGGCUCGAGCAGAGAAGGCAGCCAGAGACGCAGAGAGGAAAGCAGAAGUCCGUUUCACAGCGUUGAAACAAGAGGGGAAUGACUUUGUGAAGAAGGGCCAAUACCAGGACGCACUGGGAAAGUACACUGAAUGCCUUAAGCUGAAGCCAGAAGAGUGUGCUAUCUACACCAACAGAGCCCUGUGUUACUUGAAGCUGGAGAGGUUUGCUGAGGCCAAGCAGGACUGUGACACAGCACUGGGAGUGGAGCCAACCAGUAAGAAGGCCUUCUACAGACGAGCCCUGGCUAAUAAAGGCCUCAAGGACUACCUGGCAUGCAGCGCCGACCUGCAGGAGGUGCUGCAGCAGGAUCCCAACGUGCAGGAGGCCGAGAAGGAGCUGGAGGAGGUCACGGUGCUGCUCAGACAGAGUCUGGCCAACGCCGAUGCGUCACCGGCCAAACCCAGAAAGACUGUCCCCAUCACAGAGGUUGAUGGCGACGAAGAAACGGCCAGCGUUUCUAACUCAGGGAGCAGUCACGGAGCAGAGGGCAUGGCCAUCAAUAUCCAACCGACCAACGCCUACGAGUUUGGCCAGGCCCUGAACACGGUGCGCUGCAGCGGAAACACGGCGGCCUGCGCUGACCUGCUGGCCUCCACGACACCUGAGAUGCUUCCCCAGCUUCUGAGCACCCAGCUGGAUGGAAACACCGUCAGCUUCAUCAUGCAGGCGCUGGACUCCCACCUCCUGGAGAGAGACCCCAACCUGGUCUACCAACACCUCAACCACCUGCACACCACCGACAGGUUCUCGGUCGUGUUAAUGCUGCUAGAGAAGGAGGAGCGUCGCCACAUGACUCAGCUGUUUGAGCAUCUGUCUGCAGUGCAGAGCUCAGAGUUCACUAAGAACGAUGUUCAGAAUCUGGCCAACAAAUACAUCUGACCCGCCCAGCCAAUUUGCUCCCCUGCUGCAUGCGCCGCCGCGCCACUACUACUUCAGGAUUCUAUGCAAAAACACUGCACAAGAACUGAGUACACAAAAGGCAGGAAGCUGCAGAAUGUGCCCCAAAGCAAUACAGCGGAAACUGAGUCACACUCGCUCGACUGGUCUGUGCUGUAAAUGUAUCUGAUCACUGUACGUUUUGAGUGACAGGACAAGGAAUAUAUUUUUCUCUCCAGAACGUUUUGCUAUGCAGAUUUACUUUUGUACCACCACUAACCAUUUGCAUUGUACAACAGGCGGACAGCGGGACACUAUGGACCUUUCACUUUAGAGUAUUGAUAAAUAGGGUCCAAAGUACAAUGUUAUGUAAGGCUACAGACAAGUGUUUCACUUCAGGUGAGUUUUCUCAUGAUCCCAGAACUGAGCUUCCUUGUUCCAAUCAGAAUUUGAUAUCGGCCAUUUGAUAAAUGAGAUAUUCAGUGCAUGCUGAAUAUUAACUAACCUAGGAACAAAUGCUACAGAGCGAAAUGAAAGAUAAAGAAACUGUUUUAUUAUGACCAAAUGCUCUCGGUGAGAGAAAUAGGCCUGCAUGACAUCUUAUUGCUGUUGUGUGCUGUAUGAUAGCAGCACCUGUUGAACUGAUAUCUACUGAAAAUGUUGUAGGUGAAAAUACAGUGUGUAACCUUACAUGACUCCGAUACUCUCUUCUGUUUAUUCAGCUAUGCAGUUAGCAGAUCUGGGUUCUAAUGUCAAAUCGCUCUCAAAGGCUGGUGUUUUUUUGUCUUCUCCAUAAGGAAAGUAAUCAGAGUGUUUACCAAAUUAGCCAGCGCACAUCUGCACAGUCAUCCCCACAGCAGUUCAGCCGUGCAGAUGUGUACACACUGGAGAGAAGCAGCAUCUUCCCGAGAUGUGUGCCUUAGAUGUCAGACUAGGGGUCAGACUUAUACAGUUCCGUAUUUAUUUCUUAUUAUUUUGGAGUGUGCAGAUUCCUAAAGAGGUGUAUGUUUAUGUCACUGUAGCUUUUAUCAAAAUGUUUGUUUGGAUUCGUGCAUCAUAAAUCAUACAUAUACUCAUUUAGCUACAUGCGUGUAAUUGUUUAAGAUAUGUAAUUUAUUUGCUCAUUUAAAAAGGCAUUCUAUCGAUGUUAAAGGGAUGGUUCACCCCCAAAUAUAAACUACAUAUAUAUCCUCUUAUCUAAAGAGCUAUUUAUCAGUUUAGAGUGGUGUGAGUAGUGUUGGCGUUAACGACCGAAGAGAUGUCUGCCUUCUAUCUGAUAUAAUGGGACUGUAGGGGACUCUUUGUGGUGAUCAAAGCACCCAAAAUAUGUUUAAAAAAAAACUAAACAUGACAAAGUUGCUCAAGAUAACCAACAUAACUAGUUGUAAGCAGUUUCCUGAGGAAGGUUUGAUUUUAGGCUGAACUGUCCCUUUAAGUAUCAAAUUACUGUACAUUCCAGUCAUUCAAAUCGGCCGCCUGAAUCCAAACAAUUCUUUGUUUUCUAAUCUUCUAUCAAUUCUACAUGAAUGUAACAAAUUAAGUUCAGGGUGAGAAGUUGUGGGUGGGGGCUUCCAACUUCCCAUGUUCCACAGUUUCUCUUCACUUCAGCAGUAUAUUUCAGUAGAGAUGUAAAACAAAUGUGUACAGUAUUCACAGAGGGCUAUUCAAUAAACUGGAAGAAUAUGUUUUCUUCUCUGUGCUGAGUUGAAAUGAAAUAGUUCAAUAAAAAAU